AUCCAUGAACGUUUCCGCCUUCCGACACCUCGCAAACGACUUUGCAUCUUGCCUAUAAAUAUGGUCCCCGUGAAAUGGUACCUUAUCACUUCUAACGAAGACUUACAUCACUGAACAAACACAUCACAAAAUGUUGUACACUUCCUUUGCGACUGUUUUGGUCUUAACGACAAUGGCCAACGGACAAGGGUUCUUACCACUUGGGAAACUCAGGAAGGGUACACCUGAGGCAAUGUACGGACAGAGCAAUGACGUCUACGAAGAGAUGGAGCGAUCGAAGAAAGUUUCACAGAUUCCAGGUGGAAUGGCAAUCCUCUACGCUUCGGCUCCCAUUUUCUCACCGACGAGCAAAGAUCCCGAAGGCGCUUCGGAAGUUUAUCAAAUUCUACCAGAGGCAGAAGCUGUCCAGCAGGGCGUCGAUAGUCGUCGUUUGCUGGAAGAUGCCCUGAUUGAGAUGGGAUUCCCGCUGGAAGAACUCACUGAAUACCGGAACGGCCGUGUAAGGAAAAUCUAUUCCAAACGUACCGACGGGCAGGCGGAGGAUGAAAGUCCAGCUGGAAAACCUACUGACAAUGCUGAAGCUAUCCUGGCCGCUUUAGCCGGACCACUACCUUACAUCCGUCGCGGCGCUUGGGGUAGGAAAUAAUUCGGGAUUUUUUUUUUUUUUUAACUGCCCUAUCUGUACAUUUUUUGCCAUAUGCUAAAUGAACAAAUGCUGAAUGUAUUUCAAAAAUAGUUUAGAAUAAAUGAAUCAUAAUUUAUAUGAAAAAAAAA